CAGACUCCCGACUCCGGAUAAAAUUUUCUUUGGAAUCGAAACAAUGAUUUGAACCUCGUUAUAAGUUGGACCAGAAAAGUACGUGAAUGGAAGGUUAAAUCAGCAAGAAAUCAUAACACUUGCAGGCUCGCAGUCUUUGUCUUUACAGAUUAUUAUGUAGCUCAAGGUUUAUGUACAUUCUUGGCAUGAGACACUAAAAAUGGCUUCUUCUUAUUCCUCAAACUACCUUCGAUUACUGUCGUACACAAAGACACUAACUUCACACGUCAACAAUGGCCGUCACCAUGAAGCCCUCUCUCUUUUUCACCAUAUUCAUUCUUCCCUUUCCCUUUCCUUAGACCCCUUUAUUUUUCCACUCGCCCUCAAAUCCUGCUCAUCCCUCAACUCCCCUUAUCUCGGCAUUUCCAUUCACGCACUCACCUACAAACACUCUUUCCUUACAAACCCAUACGUCGCUUCUGCUCUCCUCAUUAUGUACGGGAAAUGCAUCUCGAUUCCAUCUGCCCGGAAACUGUUCGACGAAAUUCCCCAACGGAACGAAGUUGUGUGGAACUCGAUGAUUUCGCUUUAUGCAGCUUCCAAGAAUAUUUCUGCUGCGUUGGAAUUGUUCGGAGUUAUGGAUGUUAAACCUUCUGCUUCGAGUUUCAACUCGAUUAUGGCGGGUUUUUUGUUGGAUUGUGUGGAAGAUGAUAUUGAUGGAUGUUAUAAGGCUAUUGAUUUUUAUAGGCAAAUGUUGAAGAUGGGUUUGUCCCCUAAUCUAAUUACGGUUCUUGCUUUGUUAAAGGCUUGUCUGGGUUUAGCAGAACUGAGUUUGAUUAAGGAGAUUCAUGGUUAUUCGAUAAGGAAUGGGAUUGAUCCUAAUAUGCAAUUUAGGAGUGGGCUAGUAGAAGCAUACGGGCGGUGUGGUGAUCUUAAAACUGCCGAUGAAGUGUUUCAACAAAUGAAGGAAGAUGAUGUGCCAGAUGUGGUUGCUUGGAGCAGUUUGAUAUCAGCUCACGCGCUUCAAGGUGAUGCGAGAAAUGCCCUGAAAAUAUUCGAGAGAAUGGAAAUGGCGAAUGUAAAGCCAGACAAGAUUACUUUUCUGGCAGUUUUGAAGGCUUGUAGUCAUGCAGGAUUACCUGAUGAAGCACGUAUGUACUUUUCUCGUAUGCACAAUCAAUAUGGUCUGGAAGCCGGUAGUGAUCACUAUGCCUGUUUGGUUGAUGUGCUGAGCCGGGCUGGUAGGUUACAUGAGGCGUAUGAUUUAAUAAGGCAAAUGCCAGUGAAGGCAAGUGUCAAAGCUUGGGGAGCAUUACUUGCAGCUUGUCGAAGUUAUGGAGAAGUGGAGCUUGGGGAAAUUGCUGGAAGAGCAUUGCUUGAAAUGGAGCCUGAGAAUCCUGCAAACUAUGUAAUAUUAGGUAGGCUUUAUACUAGCGCUGGUCGGCGCAGAGAAGCCGAAGAACUCAGAAGAGAAAUGAAGGAAAGAGGUCUCAAGGUUUCGCCUGGGAGUAGUUGGACAAUGCACCAAAACUGAUGCAUAAGAAAAAUAUGUCAUUCUUUUCAAUAUGUUCAGGACACGAUAAAUGGAACAGUUUGAGAUGAUGGGAAGGUUAGUGAUACACAUUAUAUUGGAUCAGUGAAUGUGGACUCAAAUUUCCAAAUUUCGGGUACUGUACUUAAAAAACCAUGGGAGAAAAGAAAUGAGAACCGAAGUUACUGGCUGUUGAUAUUUCAGAUUGUUACUGUUGCAGGAUAGCUGAAAAUUUUGUUACACAGAAAUGAUUUACCUUCAAUACUGUGAACAUACUCAAACAUGUAAAGCACAUUCUUAAAUUCAUGUUUGGGAUUCUCUCCGUGAGACAAAGGAAGUGGGAAAACAAAAGCUAAACUCAAAUUUCAGUGAGUCAUACAGUUAAAAUCACUUAUAUAUAUACUUUGCUCCUUGGUACGAAAGAUCGGGAUUCUGGACUGGACGAUAUUUUGCUUCUGAAAAGUGGGUAAAAAGAAAAGCAC